UCACGUACAUGCAUACACACACUUGGUUGUGAGCUUGUCAGUGCCGGAUGCUGCCGUUGCUUCAGCAGCUGGAUGUGCCUGAUCCGUGUCAGCUCGGACAAUAGGACCACUCGGAUUUCCAUUUUUGUCUUCUGGAUCUGUGUUUGUGUGUGUGUGUGUGUGUGUGUGUGUGUGUGUGUGUGUGUGUGAAAGCAUUACAGCUGGAGUUUAUAUUUGCUUCAUAAGAAUGGUGUUAGUGGGUCUUUAGCACACCUUCACUAUACCAAAGUGUUGUAUGUGUGUCAGUCGGACCGCAUGAGGAGGAAUGAUUUGACCACCGGGAUUCAGGAGCACAUUAUUGACACUGACUCAGGGCUGUGAGAAGGUCUUCAGAGAAGGAAUACAGGUGUAAUGUUGCAGGACGACAGGAUGAGAGACCCCCUUUAGGGGCUUCGGGAUUGCCCCAGAAUGGGGAACAGCAUCCAGAAGAAGAAGAAGAAGAGGGCAGAGGCAGAGAAAAACUCCUCUGCACCCCCGUCCCCGAAUCCAGUCAGGGAAAAACCAAAAGGUCUCCGGCAGUUUGGACGUCCAGACAAAGUGAAGCCAGCUGGCCCAAAGGGUAAUGAUGACCAGAAGAGGUUGGCUGUCCACUACACAAGCUCACAGCACCACCAGGAGAAUGUUUUCAUUGAGGGCAGCAGACCACAGUACCUGGAGGACCUGCACACUGAGGCUCAGGAGGGACUGAAGAUACUACAGCAGGAAGAACACAAAAAUGGAGUGACCUUUGCUGACAAUGAAAGCAUUUCUUCCUCAAACACCCUCCGUCCAGAGCAGGAUAUCAGCUCCAUGGAUGGAGGUGGCUCUUCGGAGUCGAGAGCCACUAGCAGGAAUACUGACACCACAGUAACCUCUUCAGUGUCAACAAGGCCUGUGCUCACCCGCCAAGGAUCUACAUUCAAGCCCCUGAAUCCAGUAAGAAGGUUAGAUAAGAGCAGGAAGAGGAGCAGGAGGACCACCAUCAUGGGUAUUCCAAACCAGGUCCAGAAAGAGCUUGCACUCCUCAGAAGUUCCACCUUCCAGCCACUUGUUUCUGUGAAGCUCCCUAAUCACGAUGGACAGGUCACUGACAGCCAAUCAGGUGUUGUUAUCAUUCCUACAGUUGAUGGAGGGACCCUGGCAGCAAAUAAGGAAGGAGCAAGAGUGCAUCUUUCAGAGUUGGAGCAGGCAUCCAGAGAUGAACAGCUGUUUAGGAAGCACCUCCAGGCAAUAUACCAGGACGGGCAGCCCCUUAACCACAAGGGCUUUGGCUCCCAUCUCUGCCCCACAUCCACUCUGAGACCCAAGUCCCUUGCAGUACCUGGCAUGACCACUUCCUCCUCCUUCUGUCCUACAACAAUGUUUAGCUAUCUCCAGGAACCUCAGGGCCCAGUGAUGUCCAUAUCUCCUCAGGCCACUUACUUGUCUACAAUCAUCCCUAAUGCGGUCUUGCCAGCCUCAAUUGAAGUCAUAGAGAUAGGUCGCAGCAUCAGCCGGACUCGUGGCAGCAGUGUCAACCAUGGUGGUAGUGUCCACACUGUAAGCAAAAGCAACCUUGCGUCCAGAGACUCAUCAGUCAGCCCUUUGUUGUUCAGAAGAUCAGAUGGUGAUGGUUUCCAGCCUGACCAUUCCUGCAGCGAUUCCACACAGAUGCCCACAUCAACUUCAGGGUCAAACUGGAGUGUGUCACAGUCUUCAAAGACCAUUAUUUCAAACUCCUCCCCUGUAUCCUCUAAGCGGAGCACACACAGUGGGUACUCCCAGAGCUUGGGUCUUAAUGGACAGGAAAGCCAGCAAGAGCACUCUGGUGGAGAUCAAGACCAUGUCAGUCUAUGUAGCUCAGCUAGCGAGAUUAGCAGCCCCUACAGUAAAAGUGAAAAUCUUUUCACAGCUCAAGGAUCCGAGUCUGGCAUGUCAUGUUCAGUGACUGCUGGGGAGGAGGCAAAGAACAAGCGUAACUCCACUCGUAGUCUUUCAGUAAUGAAGACGAAGCAACCCCCUGCACCUCCACAGAGAACAAACUCUCUCCAUAGUAAUACGAUGAGAAGUAGUUCCAGGUUUCUGGUGGAUAGCAAGGAUCUUAAUGACUCUGUGUCUGGACAGGUGGAAACUGCUACAGAAAAUACUCUUGUGAAGGAUGAGAUUGAAUUGGUCACUGGAAAUAUUAAUAAAAUCCCCACCCCUAUACCAAAUUCUAUUGGGUCCAGCUCCCCAGAUGUUUCCUCCAGUCCUCUGAGCCCCACACAGGCCUCCUCCAUAGAGACUGAAGGGCCACCAGAGCCGCAAUCAGAAUCCAGAAGCUCUUCCCCACAGAAAGCUCCCUCAGAAGGGGAAAAAUUUGAACGGACCAUGUCCCCUUCUAGUGGAUACUCCAGCCAGAGUGGAACUCCAACACUUUCCCCUAAAGGUAUCUCCCCAACCUCCCCAGAAAAACAGAAGAAACCAGUCAAGCCAGAGAGAUCAGUGUCUCGGGCCUCAUCCUCUGCAGCUUCUCCUUCCUCUUCUCUUACGUCUCUAUCAUCCGGUACACCUGAGCCAGUACACCCAGAUUUUUCCACAUGUAGCCCAAGUCUUCCUCCACAGGGCACUUCACCCACAGUUACAUCAAACAAGCUCACACCAAAAAAGAAUUCGUCAACAUUGAGAGAAGAAUUCAGAGAGCUCUUGAACAUCCCACCACCUCCUAAGGUCAAAGCACCAUGCUCUCCUCCUCCAGAGACAUGGGUCCACAACAGACGUGCCUUUGAGCUCCUGUGUGGGCCCCACCCCUGUGUCAGCAAAGAAACCCACAAACCCCCAAAGAUACAGGACAGCACAGUUAAACAGGUAUGGACCCAGGAUAGACCCACAAAGGAGAUACAAGUUUUUGUUGAAAAACAGACAACUAUAGUCAAACCCACCAUAAAAUUAUCAGAACGUGUAGCAAAGCCUGUGACAUUGUCAGCAACAGAUCUUGAAGAUGUCCAGAAAGAGCUAGAGAACAGGGAAUGUCCAGUCGCUGAAACAGAGCGAGUGGAAGCAAGUGCAGAUGUUCAGCCACAAGAGCAGAGUAGUGGCCCUGUAGUGAAAAACCCCAAGAACCAAGAGACAACUCAAAAGAAAGAUCCCCCUCCUGUGAUGAAAAAACCCAUGACAAUACUGGAAAGAGACGAACUGGUGUCAACAGAGCAGUCAGUAGAGAGCGAGCAAAGGGAAAUGAGUAGUAGUACCCAGAUAGAAGUAAAUUUAGUUGUUGAGAACCAUGCAGCAUCCUCACAGGAUGGGGUUAUGGUUUUAGUUGAGAAGAGUGAUAAUGAGAUGGACAGAGGUGAGGCCCCAUCCAUGCAGACACUUUCCGUAGAAGCGCCUAAAGUUAAAAAGGUCUCACCACCACUUACCCCUCCCCCAGCAUACCACCCUGCACCUCCUCCCUCAAGAAAGACACCACCUUCAUCGGUGUCAAUGCCACCAACUGAAUUAGAGGGGGUACAGGAGGAGAUCCACAUUGUCGAGUCUUGCUGGCCUCCUCCCCCACCACCAUUGGAAGGGGACUCAGUCUUUGAUGGAGGAGAUGAGGUUGACUUUCCUCCCCCGCCGCCGCCAUUUGUAACAGACAGUGCGCCAGAUGUGAUGGACAGUUGUGUCAAAAAGCUGGACCUCCUUGAUGAUUGUACUGUUGUUGCACAGGAAGUUGGAGAGAUGAAUAUGGACUCAAGUGAAGCUGGGACAUCUGCACAGGGAGAAAAUCCAGAUAUGCCCGAAGCUGUUCCAAAAUCAGCAGUACACGACAACAAACCAGAGAUUGCUGUGCAACUUUCAAAAUCUAACAGUGAUGAUGAGAUUUCUUGUAAACCAGUGCAGAAUGUUUCAUCUCUUUCAGAUAGUGUCCCACCUCUACCAGAAGAGGCACCUCUUUUACCACCAAUGAAAAGAGCAGAGAACCCUGCAUCAGUCACUGCUUUGGUUGCUUCCAGCAGUGUCCUGAGGCAAAACUCUCUGAAGAUUGAGGAUCAGUCUUCCUCAGGGUCACCCGUUAGUGCCCAAACUCCACUUACAGUCCCAGUAGCCCCGCCUCUACCAGCAGAGAGCAUAACACAUGGGGUUAAUUUCAGACGGCAGCCCAGUGCAGCAAACCGAGACACCAGGAGCAAGGAGUUACUUUCCCGCCACAAAAGUGCACCCAUUCCUAAAGAGGAUGCAAAUAUACCUCUUGUCACCCCCUCCCUGCUUCAGAUGGUUCGUCUCAGAUCAGUCAACAUGACUGAAGAUCAGGUGAAAGCUCCCUCUGAGGACAAGCUAAUAAACCACGAGGCUCCAGUUCAGGAGAAUUGCCCCGUCUCAAUCCCAGGACCUCAAUACAUUCCGCAAAAGCCCAUCCGCAAGUCUCUGUCUCUAAAAUACCCACCUCAGACAGUAAAAACUUCCUCCGUGACACUGAACGCCCCUUCCAUGCGCUUACAAGAAGCCGUACGUAUGAAAACUGCAGCCAUGUCUUCAAGAGAUGGUCUUCAAUCGAGACUGGGUGUGAGAUCACCCAGCUACAACUGUGUCAGUGAACCAGGAGGUCUGUCCCCAGCCUCUACCGCCAGCUUUAUCUUCUCCAGGAGCACAAAAAAGGUUGUCAUAGAGACUGCGACUGCCUCGUCGUCUGAAGCUCAGGCAAGUCUGAAGCAAAGCUUGGCGGCCGAGCUCAUGCAGGUGUCUGACCAAUCAAGGCCUGCCACUUUCUCCAACGGUGGGGUGAAGUGUGACAAAGUUCCUCCACCGGUAGCUAAGAAGCCGGCACAUGGAAGCAUCAGUCCUUCACAACAUCACCCUGCCUGUUCGGGAAAGAUGGAGUACAGUGUUGAAGGAAAUGGAGCAAUAGGAGGAGUACAACAUACGAGCGGAAUAACACCUCCUGAGACAACAAUUACAAGAGUGACAGCAGACACAAUUGAAACACUGUUUUGAAAGAGCUUUGUUGUGAUGAAGCGAGGACCAGACUCACGAGUCAGACGGAAAAAACUAUAAGAAAGUAAAAGGACUCACAGCGAGGACUGACUGACAUCACUGAGGGACAAUAAGCUCAACUGUCCUGAGUGUUGUUGUGUGUUAAGUAUUCUCCAAAAGCCUUAGCCUGUUAAUGGCCUUCCUUUGUAUUUAUGCAAAAAAUAUGUUGCUCCCAAUUUCUUAUGAUAGGUUUAUUCUGGAGUAUUUUUCUAUGCUAUAGUUUAUCUCUUAUUAAUGCCCCUCAGGAUGAAAUGGUGUACAUUGGCUGAACUGUAAAUAUUUGGCUUGUGUGAAAUCGCCUCCUAAAGGUUUCAUUAGUUAGUGGUCACAGCAGCUCAGUGUGAAACUGUCUCACCAAAGCAUUUCUGUACUUUAUUUGUCCGUUUUCCCCCCUAUUGUGAUAUAAUACAUAUUCUCCAUGGAGAUUUAAGCAGUUGUAUGAAAGGCUGAUGGUGGUUUUGACUACAGGAAUGAUCUGAUCUGAAGAAAAGCUAAUUAUGAGUUUUACUCCUGGGUUUCACUGUCUAGACAGACAGAUCAGAAAAAAACAAGGAUUCUGCAUACUCACAUGAACAACAGAGGUUUUUCUCAGUUAGGAGAGAGACACUUUAGUAAAGCUACAGAUGAGAAAGAAUGAAAAUUUAAAGUGGCAGUAAGCGAUUCUAAAGCAAUAGACAUUUUGUAAAAAUCAGCAAAUAUUUCAUCAUCGUGCACUAGCGGCCGGUUCCGUGUGCCCAAAAAAAAAUCUUGGUUUUCGUGCAGUCUGUAAACAUCCCUCCCUGAUACCUUAAGAGACGUGCUUGCGGAUGACGCUAUGAAGAUUUAUCCUAAAUUGCUUACUGCCCCUUUAACACAGACUUUGAUGCUCCUACACAAUCCAUUUCUUUGGUUAUGGUGAGGGUCAAUCAAGCACAUUCUAUUAAAUCUUUCUAGGAAACGGUUACACAAGUUAUACUAUUUAUUUAAGUGUGAUUGUUUCCACUAGUAGCACUGUCAGACACCUUGUCCUACCAAAUAUGAAAUAUUUAAGAAUCUAUCAUCUGAAACCACUUUUAGAGCUCUGGAUGAUUGAUACACUGGACUAGACCUAGUGUGAGGUCAGUUGGUUUUUUUUUGUUUGUUUUUUUUAAAUCAAAUGUUCUUUAUCCUGAUUUUUGGCCCAGGACUUUUUGGUGGAAAAUUUGAGCUCAUUACUAUUUGCACAAAAUGCUCUCCCCCAGCAAAAUCAAUGAAUUAUACCGACUCUACUAAAGGGGUCAAAAAUCUAUGUUUUGAUGAUUAUAAAGAAUUAUGUACACUUAUUACUUCCAUAAAUAAAAUGUAAGUGUAUUAAAUAA